AAUAGAAUGCACUCCAAACAUAAUUCAAAUUACAAACUAUCAUUUUUUUCAAAAAUCCCAAUUUCGUCUUUAUUAAUCAAAAGGUCGUGAGAACCCCUGCGCUACCGCCUGCGAAGGAAGAGUUCGCUUUUGCUGUGAUGUUUGGACUUGUUAGCAAUGGCGCAAAACAGCAUCUCUUUCCCAUGUGUUACUUCAGAUUUCAGCUCCUUUUCUCUACAGCUGCGGUGACUUCACGUGCCAAUGUAUUGGUGGACUUCCUGGUUAACUCACUUGACUUCUCAACAGAAGAAGCCAUUUCUACGAGCUCCAAGGAGUUUUUUAUGAUGGAAUUGGGGUAUGAAUCUAGUUAUCUUGCUUCUCAUGCACCACUUUUAAAGUUAAGCUUGGAGAAGAGGAUCAUGCCAAGGAGUGAAAUCUUGAAGCUUCUUAAAGAAAACCAGCUGAUAAAAGGGAAGCUAAGUCUUUACACUGUUGUCACACGUACUGAAUCGCAGUUUCUAGAGAAAUAUGUGCUGCCUUUCAGGGCAAAGAUACCCGAGGUGUAUGAUUUAUACAUGAAAACUAGAAGCUAAAGAGAAGUCUUUAUAGUCGAUUGUCUAGUAGGUUUAUUCAGUUCCUUGAUAAUGUUGCACUUUUGUUUUCAUGCUCUUCUCAGACAUAUUACUGCUUUUUUACUUUUCAUAGCUGAUGGUCCAUCAUUGAGCGAUGAAUACUGGAAAUUGAGGCGCGUCGCAUCUUCAAUCAACCUGUGCUUGUUUAAAUAGAAGUAAAUGAGAUUUUAUGUUUCGAGAUUGAUUAUUUGAAUGCUUAUCUCUGUCAGGUUAGUACACUUCGGGCUUGCGCUGAAAAGUCUUUUUCUUUUGUCUUUGCUCUAGGAUAAUUUUGCUCCUCAAUUACGUAGGUUUGACUAGAGGCUUCUUUUCUUGUGUUGCCUUGUCCUGGUGAGUGGAACUAAAAUCUUCAUUCUGUCUUGGAAAAGCACAUUCUUCAGCUUUGACAAGUGAGCAUGAUCUUUCGACAUGUAGCAUGUACCUGUUGACAAUUUUUAUAGGAGCCGUAUACCAUUGCCUUUUGUCAAGAUACAUUGUUAUCAAAGUGAAAAUGGGGCCCCAAAAAGAAAAGAAAAAGUGACUGUUACUUAAGA